GGAACACAAGUCAGGGGUCGUCCCCCCCCCAGCAGCCCGGGGGCUGGACGGCCGGUGUGACCGCUUUUAAAUUGGUUCAGUUAAUUCAGUUGCCAGCUGGUUUAGCUCUUUAAAUGCUGAGAGAAUAAAAAUCCACAGAAUCCGCAGCGCUCCUAGACACGAACUGAACAGACCCCACUGGUACUAUUGUCCCAGAACACUGUCAGCACUGCUAAAAGGACAUGUCCUCAAUGAUAAUAAGAAAGCGGAGCGAAUGUAGUGGAGGAUCUAUGAGCAUUUAGUUGGAUCGCAGCAGUUACACGUGUCAGCCGCCCGUCGACACAGUAUGGGAGCGCGCUGCGCACGCCCUAUUUUAAAUCUGAAGACUCCUGACGUCCUUGCGGGCGCGUUCCCGUCCGCGCACUCUUCCAUGCGUGCGCGCCCCCGCCGAUCUUUAAUCAGCCUUCGCAUGCGCGCCCCCAUCGCGCCUUGUUGGCUCUCACACAAAAGCGGAGACCGAGAAAGAUGGUGGCGAGCGUAAGGGUGCAGAAGCUACUCCGCCGUUACAAACUGGCGAUUGCCGCCGCUCUGACAAUCCUUCUCGUUCAGGGACUUGUGGUGUGGAGUCUCAGGAGCCUGGAGGAAGGGGAGAAAGCGGAGAGGAGGUCGAAGCUGCCCGACAAUGGUCAGGAUCCCAAGAAGGAGCGUUUGGGCAGUGAUUGGCAGAACAGGCUUUCCAGGAAGAAUCGGAGUCGAUGGAAACCGGGGAUAGAGGGGCCGGGGGGCACGGCCGCCAGUGCCUUCCGGCGGAGCACUCAGCGCCGUAGGCCCCCUGCCAGCCUCCGGAGCUCUCAGGGGCAGGGGGGCACAGCAGAGGGGGUGCCCUACGACCCCUCCAGCAGCCGCAAUUUUACCGAUCUCAAGGGGGAGGGGCGCUUCCUCACGGCGCAGCACGGCGACACGGGCAGCGUGGAGGGCGCCCCCCAGGCCCCCAGCAGCGACUUCGUACCCAAGUGUGAGAUCACGGGCAAGGACGCCCUCUCAGCCCUCGGCCGUGCCAGCUCGCGCCAGUGCCGCCAGGAGAUCGCCAACAUAGUCUGCCUGCAUCAGGCCGGAAAGCUGAUGCCUGAAUCGGUCCCACAGUAUUGCCAGCAGUACGGCCUGUCCAGCCCCAUACUGCAGUGGGAGGACAUUGACACAGACCUGUCCAAGGUGGACAACCCGGUCAGGAUAGCCUUCAUGCUUGUAGUCCAUGGGCGCGCUGUUCGACAGCUGAAACGGCUCAUUAAAGCCAUUUAUCAUCAAGAUCACUUUUACUAUAUCCAUGUUGACAAGCGUUCUCAUUACCUGCAUCGUGAAGUGCAGCAGAUUGCCACGCAGUACCCCAACAUCCGGGUCACGCCUUGGCGUAUGGUGACGAUCUGGGGAGGCGCCAGCCUGCUGAAGACCUACCUGUGCAGUAUGCAGGACCUCCUGAGCAUGACGGACUGGAAUUGGGACUUCUUUAUCAACCUGAGUGCCACAGAUUUCCCCACAAGGACCAAUGAUGAACUGGUGGCUUUCCUGUCCAAAUACCGAGAUAAGAACUUCCUGAAGUCGCAUGGCAGGGAAAAUGCAAGGUUUAUAAAGAAGCAGGGGCUGGACCGCCUGUUCCAUGAGUGCGAGUCUCACAUGUGGCGGCUGGGGGAGCGACAGAUCCCCCAGGGUCUGGAGGUGUCCGGGGGCUCCGACUGGUUCUCUCUGACACGCAAGUUUGUGGAAUACGUCAUCAAUUCCCAGGAUGAGCUGGUGUCCAGUCUGAAGCAGUUCUACACCUAUGCCCUCUUGCCUGCAGAGUCUUUCUACCACACGGUGCUUGGCAACAGUCACAUGUGCGAGACCCUAGUGGACAACAACCUGCGUGUCACCAACUGGAACCGCAAGCUGGGCUGCAAGUGUCAGUACAAGCACAUUGUGGACUGGUGCGGCUGCUCCCCCAAUGACUUCAAGCCCGCAGACCUCAUUCGCAUCCAGCAGCUGACCAGGCCUACAUUCUUCGCUCGGAAAUUCGAAUCGACUGUGAACCAGGAAGCCAUCGACAUCCUGGACACGCACCUCUAUGGGAACUAUCCUCCUGGCACCCCUGCACUGAAGGCCUACUGGGAGAACCUGUUCGACAAGAUGGAUGGGGUGAGCUCCCUGAGCGAUGUGGCCCUCACCACCUACUCCUCCUUCUUCAGACUGGGCCUGCGCAGCCUGGGAGCCUCGCAGGGCAGCAACAGCAAGUGCAGGUAUGAGCCCAUUGGUUACCCGGUCUCGGUCAACCUGUAUUUCUAUGACGACCGUUUCCAGGGUUACCUGGUGAUGCAGGAGGUGCAGAGUGCAGGGACGGGCGAGCGGGAGAUGCUGGAGGUAUGGGCAGUGCCACAGGCCACCCUGCAGCUCAAGGACAACCUGAAGGAGUUUGAGCGGCUGAAGAACCUGGAGGUGGGAACUGACUGGGACCCAAAGGAGAGGAUCUUCCGCAAUUUCGGAGGGGUGCUGGGCCCCAUGGAUGAGCCCGUAGCGGUGCAGAAGUGGGCCCGGGGCCCCAACCUCACGGCCACCAUCGUGUGGAUCGACCCAGCCAACGUGGUGGCCACGUCUUACGACAUCAGCGUGGACGUGGAGGCGGAGUUCACGCAGUACAAGCCUCCGCUGCAGCGGCCCCUGCGGCCCGGCGUCUGGACGCUGCGGGUCCUGAGGCUGUGGGAGCCGGUGGCCGAGGCCCAGUUCCUCGUGACGCCCCUCGCCUUCAAGGGAAGAAAGCCGCUCCGCAAAGGUGAGAGCUGGACCGCUACUUCCAAUUAAGGUUCGAGGGGAAAC